ACACACACCUGAGAGGAUCCUGACUGACCGACAGCAGCUCUGAGACGACACAGUGCACUGAGUGGGAUGGAAGGCGUACCUCUGAAGAUGCCACAGGGUGCCUCACAGGAAGUCAAAGAAGACGUUAAAGUUGUUGUCCCUGAUUAUCUCACCAUACUGCGGGACACAGAGUUUGAGUUCAGUCUGGAGAAGUGGGUGCUAACCGGGCUCCAGAGCGGCUUCACCAGCCAGCAACACCCUCAGCUCUCCUCCUCUUCAUCAGGACUGCAGCCAUCUUGCCCGCCAUACUGGAUGAUGUUCAGCAGCCCGCAGCAGAGCCGCCUGGCCAGCCGCCACUGCUCCGACUUCUGGGAGCCCAAUCCUCGACAGCGCUCCUACAGCCUCAACCCUGCCGUCCUGCGCGCCAAGUUGGCCAUCUCCGACUCUGAGGAUGAUGGAGAGAGCGCCGCAGAGAAAGCCAAGUCAUGUUCGUCGGUGAAAGCCAGCUCUGGUGGAGAACGUCCUGCUGCUUUGUGUCAGCGUGCUCAGAGGACAGCACAGAGAGCCUUCGUCCCCGACCUCCUGAACCCUCCGACCUGCCUCAGCAGCCUGCCACACCAGCGCAGGAAGAACCUACGACAAUGCUCGCUGUCGGUGCUGGACACGCCCAAACACCACGAGCCCAACACAGACAGCCAAUCCAAGAGCCCGUCCCCACAUAGGACCCCCACCACCAGAGCCAACACAGUCGACAGGCUCCCGUGCAUCAACGACCACAACAACAGAUACACAAAGUCUCUCAGCCCAGACUCCUGUAGAAACCCAUCCAUGACCUCAGCCGCCCCGGGUCUCCCCUCCUCUGGUUCGGACUCGUCAGUAGAACUCCUGUCAGCUCUGAGCCUGGAGGAGAGAGAGCUGCUGGCCGCCAUCACUGCCCGGGGUUACCCCCUCCGUACUGCCAUCAUCGCCCUGCAGAAGACGGGCCGGCAGACCCCAGAGCAGAUCUUGAGUUACCUGGUGGCGUGUGACCAUCUGUGUCAGCUGGGUUAUGACACGGUCCUGGUCGAAGAGGCUCUGGAGAUGUUUCAAAACUGUGAGACAAAGGCGGAGGAGUUCCUUCAUCUGCUGAAUCAGUUCAAUGAGAUGGGCUUCCAGCAGAACGCCAUCAAAGAAGUGCUGCUGGUCCAUGAAAACCACCGAGAACGGGCGCUGGAGGAGCUGAUGAUGCGUGUGGCAUGACGGCAGAUCAACACACACACACUUUACAUAACUCAGCUGCAACUUAAAAUACUGCAAAAUAUGAAACCCAUGUUGAUACGACGCAGAGUCAACAAAGAUUAUUGUAGCUGAAGAUGGACGUGGCCUUCACCAAGGAAAAGUAUAUUGUUGAUACAUUACUUUAUACAAAUGAUGAUGAUGAUGAUGUGCCCAUAUUGCACAUUUUUAUUCCUGUUAAUUAAAGGUAUACUAUGCAGGAAAUGUCAGUUACUGUUACAGCUUAUAUGCGCACUACAAACUGUUGUAGGAACGUUACAUUUGUUGUCAUGGAAAAAAACAAUACUUCAGCAAGCUAACUUAUCUGACUGCCGGCAAACAGGCCACAUUGCUCUUCAUCUCCAUCCUCUGCUUCAGUGCUCGCCAGAGGAAGUAACGUCAACCCCAGAUUCACUCUUGUUUUGUAACAAGCUUUGCUGUUUUGCCUCGCCAUAUUGCUUUUUUCGUCACUGCGUCAGACUUGAGAUGGGAUCACUCCAGACGUGAUGCAGUGAUCCAUGACUUUAAGAUAAAAUAAACCCUUUUUUGUGCAUAUAGUUUUGCUAGUUGUGCACUUUUAACUCCGUGGCUCACGUGGUCACUUUGUCUUUCUGUUUUCUUUCUUGUUGUAUAACACCCUCGUGAAGCACUUUGUGACCUAUGUCUGCGAAAAGCGCAAUAUAAAUAAAUUUUACUUACUUACGUUUGCCAACCAGUGUGCUUGAAAGCUUCACUGCUUCAUGAAGCUUUAUCUGGCCAUCACUAGUGAAAACAACAUUAGCCAUCAUGACGCUAUCGCAGCUGGUAAUGAAGAUAAAUACACCGCCUCAUGCUUCUAGUGUGUCAUAAGUAAUGAUUGAGAGGGAUUAAGUUUGUAUGAGUCUGUGCUUUGCUUUUUUGUAGGACAAAUUCUGCAUAGUAUACCUUUAAAAUGUUGUUAUGUUGUAUU